CAACCACUGUUCUGACUGCAGAACUAUAAAAUAUGAAGAGUAUGACAUUUUCAUUUAGUUUGUGCUGCGUUUGCCGUCUCCGGUUGUCGACGAGAAAAAUCCAACAAAAACUCUUUCGCCAUGUCAACAGCAAAAAAGAAUAUAGUUAAACUGUUCGAUCGUCCGAAAGAACUGGUUGUUAUGCCAAAAGGAGAUGACAACACCGUUUUCGACGUGCCGCAGGAAUAUUUGCCUGAACAGUACAAGAACGUUGCGAACCAAAUUGUGAGUAGGUUUGGCGAAGAGGCUAACUCGAAAAUUCCUGUUACAACAAUUUCCAUUCCGCCGUUGGGAGAAAUUUUGGAUCUCGCCCGUGAUGAGAACUUUUCCCUUUUCAUCCCCAAGCACAGGAGAAUUGCUGGCCGACUCAUUGAUAUCUACUUAGGCAUGCGCAAUGUGGACGACCUAUUAUCAGUAGCCGUGUACACCAGAGAUCGGGUUAAUCCUUACCUCUUCAACUACGCCCUAUCCGUAGCCCUAUUACAUCGCCCAGACACGCAAGACGUGGAUUUGCCAUCUUUCAUCAGGUCUUUUCCUGACAAGUAUGUCGACAGCAAAGUGUUUGCCAAGGCUAGAGAGGAAGCCAAUAUCGUUCCAGAAGGAUCUAGGAUGCCUAUCGAAAUUCCUAAAGACUUCACAGCGUCCGACUUGGAAACCGAACAUCGCCUGGCUUACUUCAGAGAAGACCUGGGAAUCAAUCUCCACCACUGGCACUGGCACUUGGUGUACCCCUUCGAAGCUGCUUUUGAAGUUGUCAACAAAAACCGAAGGGGAGAACUGUUCUACUACAUGCACCAACAGAUCGUCGCAAGAUACAACUUCGAGCGUUUAUGUCAUAAAUUGAAACGUGUUGAACGUUUGAUCGACUUCAGAGGGGCAAUUCCUGAGGCAUACUUCCCAAAAUUGGAUAGCUUGGUCUCUAGUAGAUCUUGGCCUGCACGUGUUGCUAACCAGAAGCUCAGCAACUUGAGAAGGGAAGUAGAUCAAAUCACCAUUGAUCUGGAUGAUUUGCAGAGGUGGAGAGACAGAUUCAUGGAUGCUAUCAAUUCUGGUAUGGUCAGAAAUAGAGACGGUCAAAAUAUACAGUUGACGGAAUUCGAAGGAAUAGACAUCCUGGGCAACAUGAUGGAAUCCAGCAUACUCUCUCCAGAUAGGGAGUUCUAUGGAGAUUUCCAUAAUAUGGGACACGUCUUUAUUUCUUAUAUACACGACCCCGAUAGCAGACAUCUCGAGUCUUUCGGAGUGAUGGGUGACUCAGCAACAGCCAUGAGAGAUCCUGUUUUCUACAGAUGGCAUGCCUAUAUAGAUGAUAUCUUCCAGAAAUUCAAGUCUUCUCUACCUAGAUAUACAGUGGAGCAGUUGAACUACCCUGGCAUCACCGUUGACGAAAUAGGAAUCCAAACUGGAAACCAAAGCAAUAGCAUCCAAACAUUCUGGCAACAGUCCGAUGUGGAUCUCUCCCGUGGAAUGGACUUCCAACCUCGUGGAGCGGUCUUCGUGAGAUUCACCCAUCUCAACCACACAGAGUUUACCUACAGAAUCAUUGUGAACAACGCAGCAAGCGGAAACAGGCAAGGCACCUGCAGGAUAUUCCUAGCACCCAAGUUCGAUGAGAGGGGCAAUCCAUGGUUGUACAGAGACCAGAAGAACAUGUUCAUUGAGUUGGACAAGUUCACAGUUAACUUAAAACAAGGAAAAAAUACCAUCAAUCGUUCCUCAAUCCAAUCUUCGGUCACCAUCCCCUUUGAACGUACAUUUAGGGAUCUCGAUACAAACAGACCUGAGGGGGCUGAUGAUCUGGCCCAAUUCAACUUCUGUGGAUGCGGAUGGCCACAACAUAUGUUGGUCCCAAUGGGAAAUCCUGAAGGCAUGCAAUGUCAAUUGUUCGUGAUGAUUUCUAAUUACGCAGAUGAUAGGAUCGAUCAGUCCAAUGAGGGUACUUGCAAUGACGCAGACAGUUACUGCGGCAUCAAAGACAAGCUGUACCCCGAUCGCCGUUCCAUGGGGUACCCUUUCGAUCGCCAGCCCCGUACUGGGGUUGACACCCUUCAACAAUUCCUGACCCCCAACAUGAGAGUGCAAGAUGUCGUCAUCAAGUUCACCAACAGGGUUUUCAGGCCAAGACAAACCAACUGAAGCAGAAAAAUAUAAUGUUUAAUGAAAUAUUGGAUAUCACCAAUAAAUUGAAUGAAUUGAUAUGCCUCA